AUGGCUACCACCGAGCAGCCCACCGACAAACCUCCAGAAAAAUCCACCGACCAAGCCUCCCACCGUACCAACAACUCCCAGCACUGGCUCUACGCCCCUCUCCCCUCCAUCCUCCAAUGGUGGUCCCAACAAAACCACUCCCCCCAACCCACCCUCCUCGAAAUCCGCCUCUUCCUAACCCGUCCCACACCCCCUCUCCCAAACCAUCCACCUCCACCCAAGCACCAAACACAACUCCUCCUCCUCCUACCCACCUCCACAAAAACCUGGUCCCUCCCCGGCCGCUGCUUCCUCGCAACCGGUCCUACCCGACCUCCCCACAUCCUCGCCGCCGCCCUCAGCAUGCUCCAACACGCCAUCGAAGAACGCGCCCUCCUCGAUCUCCAAUUCCUCGACAUCAAUCACCGGCUGCCUUACGACCCGAUCCUCACCUUUCUCCCCGACCGCCCACAACCCACUCUCCGCUGCGAUUUGGUGCUCUUCACCCAAAAAUCUACCCUCGACCGGGACUCCAUCAUCAACGCCUCAGCCCACGAAUUAGAGACUAGAAGCAAGCCCAUGUUCACAGCCAUCCGCUGGACCGACACAGCGGACCUCGCAACCCUCGCCCUCCACCCCGAAGUCACCACCAGCGGCAUCCGCCACGUCUUCACCCGCUUCACCCAAUUCCACAAACUGCACACCGACAUCCGCGCGAAACUCGACAUCAACAGCCUCAUAACAUUCGUCCGCUUCGCAAUCCUCACCAAACUCUCCGUCUGGGAACUCGACAAAGGCAGUCCAAUCUUCCACGCCCUCAUCGCCGUCGACCGCCGCGCUCCAUUCGCGGGACUAUGGGUCAUAGACAUGGGAAACGUCACGCACGUGAAAGCGCCGGAGGGGAGCGAGGCUUGUAUUGAGAGUAUGAGAGCGGUGCCGGGGGGAGGGUUACAUGUCGACUAUUUUCUGGUUGUGGGACAGGUGAGGGAGGGGAAGGUGUGGUUUGCGGGUGAGGCGGGGGAUUUGGGGCCGAUUAGGAGAUUGAUGGGUGCGGUGGGUGGGGAUGGGACGAUGAAGGUUAGGUGGUUGCAGAGGACUAAGAUGACGAAGUUGGGGAGUGUUGUGAAGGAGGCGAAUGGGAGUGGGUUGAAGAGGAGUGCGGAUGGGGUGUUGAAGGGGUGA